AUGAACAUAUUGGGAUCGGAGUAUCUACCACCCAAUUACAAGUUUGAGCUACAAAAGACAAUUCGGCAAAUUGAAAGAAGAAAGAGCAAGCGGGUUGCUAUUCAAUUCCCGGAGGGAAUUAUACACCUUUCCACGGUUAUUUCAGACAUUAUUAGAGCAAACACCGAUGUUGAAGCAGUCUUUAUUCUGUCAGAUGUGGUGUAUGGCGCGUGUUGUAUAGAUGAUGUCUCUGGGUAUUUAAUAGACUGUGAUCUAUUAAUUCACUACGGGCACUCUUGUUUGUUUGAAGUAACCAAGUCUUUAAUACAGGUUAUGUACAUAUUUGUAGAGAUUCAGUUUGACAUAACGCACUGUCUUAAGAUGAUAAACAAGCACAUAAAAACAGAGAAUUUGUCAAUUCUAGGCACAAUUCAGUACAACAGCACCGUAAGAAAGAUAAAAAGAGAGCUAGAAGCAACAACACACCAAAAUAAACUAGAGGACAAGGAGUGCCCGUGUGCUCCAAGCAGUGGAUACUACAUUCCAAGAAUGCAGCCACUGAGUCCUGGUGAAGUAUUAGGAUGUACAUCACCAAAGGUUAGUACAGACACAAUUCUGUUUAUUGCAGAGGGAAGGUUUCAUUUAGAGUCUUUGAUGAUACAUAAUCCAAACAAAACAUACUAUAAAUACUGCCCAUCAUCAAAGAAGCUGUCACUAGAGACGCAUGACUAUGGCAGAUUUUUAGAAAUACGGAAGAGUAUAAAGCGCACAUCACUUAACACACAAGAGUACGUGAUAAUAUUUGGAACCCUUGGCAGACAGGGCAGCGCAGGAAUACUUAAAAGACUUGUGGACGAUUUAAACCAGCGGAACAGAAAGUAUUAUGUUGUAUUUCUGUCAGAGGUCGAUGAGACAUUUGUUGAAUCUCUUAAGAAUGUGACUGUAAUAGAAGUGGCCUGCCCAAGAAUAGCAAUUGAUUGGGGGACCACCUUCGAAAUACCAAUAAUUACACCAUUUGAGUAUUUUAGCAGCGAUCUUAAAAACUAUCCAAUGGACUACUAUAUGAAAGAAGAAGAGGGGCAGAGGAAGCCAUGGCAGAGUCUUCACUAGAAUCAUAUGAUUACAUAGUAUACCACAUCAUAUAAAUUGCUUAUUAUGAAAUACGCAUAAUUUAGUGCACAUUUCUAUACAGAGUGACAUAAGAAAUAUUCAGAAAUGGCCCAAAAUUACCAGAUGAAAAACCAUAAAAAUGUUUCGAGAGCAUAUCAAGCCGUGCUUUGCACUAAAGAAGUAAUUGAUUUGUGAAGAUUUUUGGCCAAUUAGUGGUAGAACAAUAAAUGGC